AUGAAUUCUCGAGUAAACCAGCUGAAUGAUAUAGGUAAUGACCUUGAGCAAUACACGAGGAGAGAAUGUGUCGAAGUACAAGGUAUUCCUCAAAGUAAAGAUGAAAAUACCGAUGAAAUAAUUCUGAAAGUCGGGGAUCUGAUGGGUCUAAAGCUCGACAAAAAGGAUAUUUCU